AGUGUACAUCAUGGCCACUGUGGAUGAUAUACUAGCAGGCAAAUAUCCGGCUAAAUCCCAUGCGCGCCGGGUUGCCCAGCUUCUUCAGGCUCGUCAUGGGCAUGGUGCCCCUGGAGUGAUUUACUUAGAAGCUCAGAAAACUCGUCUUAUAGAGGAUAAUGACGAACCGAUGCCAUUCAGGCAACGGCGUUUCUUUUACUACUUAUCAGGUUGCCCGCUUCCAGAUUCGUACUUGAUCUACGACAUUAACGCUGACAAACUCACUCUGUUUAUACCUCCUAUUGAUGCGGAAGAGGUAAUCUGGUCAGGGCUUCCCCUCUCCGCGGAUGAGGCCAUGAAGCUUUACGAUGUUGACUGUGUGCUUGCGACGACUGAAAUCAAUGCCACUCUUCUUUCUAUUGGCUCAGCAUAUGGUGGCAAUGCCGUAGCUUUCGCGAUUGCAGAUCAGGUCUCUAGCGGAACCGAAUUUCAAGGAUUUGCAGAAACCAGUCUUUCCGUCCUGAAGGAAGCUAUUGAAAAGGCGCGCAUUGUGAAAGACGGAUAUGAGAUCGCUCUUCUGAGAAAGGCUAAUGAUAUCUCUGCCAAGGCACAUGUUGCUGCCAUAAAAGCCUCAAAGACUGCGGUAAACGAGCCAUCUUAUCAUCCCAUCGUUGCUUGCGGUGCAAACGGGGCCACCCUUCACUAUGGCAAGAAUGACGAUGACCUGACGGACCCUGUAACGAAGCAAAGGAAGAGCAAUGUUCUCAUUGACGCUGGAGGCGAGUACCGGGCAUAUUGCUCGGAUAUAACGCGCGUGUUCCCCUUAGGCGGGAGAUUUACAAAAGAAACCCGCCAGAUUUAUGAGAUCGUCCUACAAAUGCAGGUAGAAUGCAUUUCAAUGCUUAAAGGAGAUGUUCAAUGGGAGGAUGUGCAUGCGCAUGCGCACCGUGUUGCCAUCAAGGGCUUGCUCGCUUUGGGGAUUCUAAAUGGCUCCGAGGAUGAACUAUUUGAGAAGAGAAUUAGCGUAGCGUUUUUCCCUCAUGGCCUCGGCCACUAUCUUGGAAUGGAUACGCAUGACACUGGGGGCAACCCUAACUAUGGAGACAAGGAUACUAUGUUCAAAUACCUCCGUGUCAGAGGCCGUUUGCCUGCAGGUUCCGUUGUCACUGUUGAACCAGGUAUCUACUUCUGCCGCUUCAUUAUCGAUCCCUAUUCUCAAUCCCCAGAGCUAGGGAAGUACAUCAAUACCACUGUUUUGGAGCGGUAUUGGAUGGUGGGAGGUGUUCGUAUCGAGGAUAAUAUUUAUAUCACUAAAGAUGGCCACGAAAAUUUGACCACAGCGCCGAAAGCUAUAGAGGAAAUGGAAAGCUUGGCCUUGUAGGUAACAUCAUGAUGAUGAAAUAUACAGUGCCGGCACAUACGUGGGCCGUGAACCAUAUUGGAAUACAUUCUGAUCUGG